UUAAUUCAUAAAUCCAGUAGAGUAUAUAAGGUAUACGUACAAUAACUGUGACAGAAUCACAGUCAGCGUCCAACGAGACUUUCUAUUGUUCUACAAAAAUGAAGAAAACUACAGUUCUACAGGUUUGUGUGGCAUUUGUGCUCUGCUCACUGCAAGCUGUGACUGGAUCUCCUGUGGACUGUCCAGACCAAGAUACUGCAGGAACGUCCUGUACCAUCUCACUGGAGAAGCUCCUGGAACGAGCCGUUCAACAUGCAGAGCUCAUUUACCGCGUCUCAGAGGAGUCCAAGUUGCUGUUUGACGAGAUGCUCAUUUCAUUCGGAAUGAAUCUGCAUAUUCCCGAAGGGACCAUGUGUGCUCCUAAAACGGUGCCGGUUCCUAUGUCUAAAAGUGAAAUCCAACAGAUUUCCUCUUUUUUGUUUUUCCCCCAGGACAAAUGGAUCCUUCACUCAGUCCUGAUUCUGGCCCAGUUCUGGAUUAAUCCACUGGUAGAUUUACAGGCGUCACUUGAGAAUUAUGAGAACGCCCCAAGUGCCCUGCUUAACAGGAGCAAAUGGAUGUCUACCAAACUGAUAAGCCUGGAGCAGGGUAUACUGGUUCUUAUUAGACAGAUACUGGGUGAAGGUAGUUUGGCGUUGGAGGUUCCUGAAGAGACAACAGAUCUCUUGGUCUCUUCAACUACGUUUGAGACCUUGAGAAAAGACUACAGUGCGAUCUACUGCUUCAGGAAAGAUGCACAUAAGAUGCAGACUUUCCUCAAACUGCUAAAGUGCCGCCAGAUCGAUAAGGAGAAUUGCACCUUUUUCUAACUUUAAAGAAAAAAAAUCUUCUACCAUAUUAUUUUCAGUGUUAUUCUGGAAAAGCUAGUUUUGCAUUUGCAAAAAAACUGAAUUAAAAAAAAAUGUUUGCAUGAA